AUUGGUUACCAAACUGUGAAGCAUUUGGCAAGACUUGGCAUGCACGUUAUAAUAGCUGGAAACAGUGAGAGUGAAGGCCAAGAAGCAGUGAGGAAAAUACAAGAAGAAACUUUGACUGGAAAAGUGGAGUUUUUAUACUGUGAUUUGGCUUCCAUGAAGUCUAUACGGCAGUUUGUGCAGCGGUUUAGAGCAAAGAAUUGUCCACUCCAUGUCCUGGUGAAUAAUGCUGGGGUGAUGCUGGUCCCUGAAAGGAAGACAGAGGAUGGGUUUGAGGAGCACUUCGGCUUAAACUACUUGGGACACUUCCUGUUGACUAACCUCCUCUUGGAUACGCUGAAGCAAUCAGGAACGCACAGUCACAACGCUAGGAUCAUCACUGUCUCAUCAGCCACCCAUUAUGUAGGCAAAUUGCACCUGAAUGACUUACAAAGCAGAUGCUCGUAUUCACCCCAUGGAGCCUAUGCCCAAAGCAAACUUGCCCUUGUGUUAUUUACCUAUCAACUACAGCAUCUUCUGACUGCAAAUGGAAGCCAUGUGACUGCUAAUGUAGUAGACCCUGGAGUAGUGAAUACUGAGCUCUACAGACAUGUCUUUUGGGUUGUAAAAGUGGCCAAAUGGAUGACAGCCUGGCUAUUUUUCAAG